CCCAAAUUCUCCCUCCGAGGACCUGAUACUCUUUAGUUAUAAACACGAUCAAUCUCCACCAUCACGAAAAUGUGCGUGUUCUUUACUACGUUUCAUUCCUAUUCAGCCUGCAAACUGCGGGAGGCCGCUGAGGAUGAGGCAACCGUCAACCGGUUCGAGUCGAUCAUCGCAAGGUUCUUGGCAAGCGAAAGAGGAGGUAGAACUGCGACCAAGCUGAUGCCACAUAUCAUCAGGGAGAGGCAUGUUAAGCAAUGCGAAAAUGCACUAAAUAAUCCGAGACUAAGGCAUUUGGAAGAGGACGAGCGGAUUUGUGAGGUAUCAAGUGCCGCGGGAACAGAGGAUCAAAACUUAGAAGCGAUGGACGACCUUUUUAUGAGCGGCGACUGCCCUGUCUGCCACGCCGUAGAAGAGACCGUGAAACGGGCUUCGGAUGUUGUGGUCAUUCAUCGUCCGGGUCGUGUUGCCUCUCGAUUGCGAGAAACCCAUCGUGCCGGGCGUGGUCCUUCAUCUCCUACGCUCGCACACGACAAACCUCAACCAAGUCGUCUUCAAUUUGAGGUCAAGCUCCCUCCUGAUGCUAUCGACUCUGUUGACGAACCCGGAGGUACUGUCGAUCAAGAGAAGGUCUCGGAAACGGUUAAGGAAACAAAACAGCCAUCACUGGCAAAUACAGACAUCGCUGUUCCCUCUUCGUCACUUCCGCCCUCGUCAUCUGAUACCUCCACAGAAAAAGUUCAGAGAACGAAGCCGAUGUCAGUCAACAUAACUGAGGGAUCUUUCCGGAGAAAGACUGCACCUUCUACUAUUGCGUCCCUAAGCAUAUCUUCGAGUGUAUUUUCUGAGCAAUCAGAGCAAAGUUCAGUCUCGGAUUACUUCAGCGGCUACAAUGCUGAGGCCUCGAAACGAACCCUCGGAAUUCUCGAGUUGGUCGAUUCGCCUCGUCCGGAGUCGCCUCACCCGGGGGAAGAGACGGAGCCGGCAUUCGAUAGCGAUGCUCUUGUGAUGCCAUACUUUGAAGGUGACGUGUCAGGCAGCGCCAUACAAGGUUUGACUGAGUCUGAGACGAGCGGAGGCACCGUGCUUUAUCACGCCGUCCAUCAAGGAUUCAAGGAAAUAAUCAGUGGGCUCUCUCACACUGCCAAACCGGAUCAUGAGAUAAUAGAAAGCAUAAAUUCCGUGCUUGCAUUCAAAUUCUGGAUAGAAGCACAACGGAGUCGGCUCACCGUCUGGAGCGAUGAAGUGGGUGUUAAAGACUCUGUUCUAGAUUCAUUGAGAAACCACAAACCCCUCGAGUCGAACAAAGACCUGCGCGAAAUGGUCACAAAGUACCUCGUGGGAAUCUAUGAAGCCUUGAUUCUUGCUGGACGGAAUAUAAUUUACGGCUUGUACAACCUGGACUCGGUCAAGGAGAUUCUUGCCAUGGAGAAAUUCUUUUUGAAAGGAACGAAAAAAAGCUUGACCAGUAAUCUGGAGCAAGUCGACGUUUUACUGGAUAAGCUGUUUCUUCUGGUAGAACCGAUCAAGAUCUUCUCCGCGCUGGAUAAUAAAUCUGGUCCGUAUGUGGCUGUCUUGGAAACAGUUGGAAACCUCGAGCUUGGUUCUGGAAACCCUAUAUCAGACGAGUCUGCAGACACGGCAUUGCUUCCUCAUGAGGAGAUUACGACUAGCCACGUAGAUUCGAAUUUGGAUUUAACUGGAGUUGAAAAUUCGCUACUCGAAUCUGAUGAACUCAGGCAGUCAGGAGCUUUCUCUCAAGCCCACGGUGAGUAAGUCCAAGACGACGGCCAAAACGAAUCCAGUCUACUUUCCACCCCCAAGGUUCGAAAUCAUGGCCCCACCCAAUGGCCCU